CAUAAAUUGAAAAAGGCAGUAAAUGAAUUGUCUCGUGCUAUCCACCUUCAGCCAGAUGGAAUCCAAUUAUACAUAAGAAGAGGACAAUAUCUUCUUAUGAUGAGAUGUUACAAUCUUGCAAAGUUUACUAUUUAUCAAGUAGCAGAAAUGGACAAAGGUCUCAUCGAGUUGAGUCCUAUACAGCAAGCCCUCAUUUAUUCAUUUUGUGAAAACCACGACAAGGCCAUUGAAGUCUUGGAUGGAAUCAGUUGGAAUAGAAAUGAUAUGACCAUGUAUGCUCUAUUAGCAAAAGUUCAAAUGAAGGCUAAGAGAACCAAGGAAGCUGUGAGAACGCUUAAGAAGGCAUUGGAUGUCAUUUCUCAUUCCGAUAAAGGACCAAAUGCCACAGCAAUUUCAGCAGACUGUCUGUAUAAUUUGGGUCUUUGUUACAUGGAGGAAGGCAAUUUACAAAUGGCUUAUAAGCUGGCAAUUACAGAUUUAACUACAGCUAUCAACAUGGACAAAAAUAGUUAUAUAGCAUUUUAUAACAGAGCAUUAUGUUACACCAAGAUAAGGGAACUUCGAAUGGCAUUAACAGAUUAUAGUAUUGUGCUGCUUCUUGAUGCCACAGAAACUGUAAAACUAAAUACCUUCAUUAAUCGUGGACUCAUCUACAUAGAACUAGGCCAGUAUGGCUUUGCAUUAGAGGAUUUUAAACAAGCUGCACUGAUAAGCCAGACUAACGGGAGCCUUUAUCACGCCACUGCCAUGUGCCAUCACAGAAUUAAUGAGUUUGAAGAAGCCGUCAAUUUCUUUACCUGGGCUCUUAAAAUUAACCCAUGUUUUCUGGAUGCUUAUGUUGGAAGGGGAAAUUCUUACAUGGAAUAUGGUCUUGAUGAAGCCACCAAGAAAGCACAGAAAGACUUUCUGAAAGCACUGCAUAUUAAUCCAGGAUACAUAAAAGCCAGAAUUUGUUUGGGUUAUAAUUUACAGAUCCAAGGAAAAUUCCAGAAAGCUUGGAAUCACUUUACCAUUGCCAUGGAUAUUGAUCCAAAGAAUUACUUAGCCUAUGAAGGAAGAGCUGUGGUCUGUCUUCAGAUGGGUAAUAAUUUUGCUGCAAUGCAGGAUAUUAAUGCUGCCAUGAAGAUCAAUACUACAGCAGAAUUCUUAACAAAUCGUGGUGUGAUUCAUGAGUUUAUGGGCCAUAAACAGAAUGCAAUGAAAGACUAUCAAGAAGCAAUUUCUUUAAACCCCAAGUACUCGCUGGCUUACUUUAAUGCAGGAAAUAUCUACUUUCACCACAGGCAGUUUUCCCAGGCCAGUGACUACUUCUCAAAAGCUUUAAAAUUUGAUCCAGAAAAUGAAUAUGUUCUCAUGAAUCGAGCUAUUGCAAAUACAAUAUUAAAGAAAUAUGAAGAAGCAAAAGAAGAUUUUGCAAAUGUAAUUGAAAGAUGUCCCUUUUGGGCUGCAGUAUACUUUAAUAGAGCACAUUUCUACUACUGCUUAAAACAAUAUGAACUAGCUGAGGAAGAUCUUAAUAAAGCCCUGUCUUUGAAGCCUAAUGAUGCUCUAGUAUAUAAUUUUAGAGCAAAAGUUCGUGGUAAAAUAGGUCUGAGUGAGGAAGCUAUGGCUGACUAUAACCAAGCACUUGAUCUUGAAGACUAUGCCCCAGUCACAUGAUUACACAGACCGUGGUUGCUGUAGUAGUUUACACAGCUGUUCUCUCUGAAACUGAAAGGUCUUUGUUGUCCAAAAUGUUCCACCAUUUUCAUUAUUGUAUUCAUUAUGCUUAGUCUUCCUUAUAAUCCUCUAUGCAUUUUAAUAAAAUGCUUGUUAUACAUUAAUGAUAAAACUUAUAUGUCAUUUUCUGCAUAUUUAGAAUACCUUGAAAACUGAAAUUUUUCUAAGGUUGCAGAAUUUAAACGAAAAUGUUUCUUAAGGAAUUAAAUAGGAAUGUUUCUUAACAUUUCAAAUAUUUUCUUUAAAGUAAUUCUGUUUGAAAUAAUACUAUAUAUUGUAGAAAAAGUGUCAUCAAACUUUUCAUCGAUCCUUGCUGAUAAUGUAUUCAAUAGUAUACAGAUUAAAAAAAACAAACAAACAUAGAACUGAUGACUAUAAAAAACUGAA